CCUCCGCCCACUGACGUCAGAGGAACAUUUCAAUCUCUCGUGUUAUUGAGGUUAAUCUGAUUAUGAAGAUUACCUCCAAGAAAAUUCCUCAUCAAUGACAGCCAAGAUGGAGACUCCUUUCUACCAUGACGACUCCCCCGCCAUCCACAGCUUCAGCCAGUUUCCGGAAUACGAGCGUUACGCCGGGAACAAGAUGCUGAUGUGUAAGAAGGCCAUGUCGGUGUCGGUGGCGAGCCAUCAUUUCACCGGCAGCGGCGUGGCGGGAGCAAGAGGUACCAACCCCAACAACCUCGGACUCGCCAACAGCGGCUCCCUGGCGACGCCGUCGGCAUCUUCGGCCGAUAUGAACAUGCUGAAGCUGGCCUCCCCUGACCUGGAGCAUCUGAUCAUCCAGUCCAACCAGGGAUUGGUCACCAGCGGCCCCCUGUCCAACCCGGCCAACCCGUUCAUCUAUCGGAACCAGGCCACCAACGAGCAAGAAGGCUUCGCCGACGGCUUCGUCAAAGCGCUCGCCGACCUUCACAAGCAGAACCAGCUGGUGGGAGGCCACAUGUCGCCAUCCUCCUCCUCCAACGUCUCCCUACAAGCAUCCUACCAGAGGAACUUGAUGUCCACGAGCGACGUGCCCAUCUACACCAACCUCGGCAGCUACAACCAGGGACAGCUGGCGUAUUCCGCAGCGCCGAUGACGUACGGUGGUAGCUCCGGUCACAAUGCAGUGGGCGGAGCCCCUCAGCCGCACACCAGAGGUCUGGAUGCCCCUCAGACUGUUCCCGAAGUCCCCCACCUACCCGGAGACCCGACGUCCCCUCCUUCCCUCUCCCCCAUCGACCUGGAGACGCAAGAGAGGAUCAAAGCCGAGCGCAAGAAGCUGCGCAACCGCAUCGCCGCCUCCAAAUGCCGCAAGCGCAAACUGGAGCGAAUCUCGCGACUGGAGGAGAAGGUGAAGAUCCUGAAGAGUCAGAACUCGGACCUGGCCUCCACCGCUUCCAUGCUGCGGGAGCAGGUCUCUCAGCUCAAACAGAAGGUCAUGAGUCACGUCACCAACGGCUGCCAGAUUGCCGUCGGCUCUCCCGGCAAAUCGGGAGGGAGGGGCUGCGGCGCCGCCAGCGAGGACUCCAGCUGCUGAGGGAAGAGGAGGAACGUCGGCGGUACGGGGAACGGAGAUAAACCAAACGCUUUUGAAAACGUCACUGGCGCUUGGCGCCGUCCAAAAAGGGGAGCCUGCUGAAAGGGGCUCGGGGGUCAGUUAAGGCCCAGUGGAAACUAAGAGGUGGUCCGAUGACAUUCGAACUGAGACACUCAUCAAACACCGCUGAGCGUGAAAAGCUUCUUCAGAGCUCACGCCGGGUUGCCGGCCGCGAAGAACGUUCAAUGGGACGCUUUGCCUUUCUCUGCCGUUUGAUAUGAUUUCAAGAGACUCUUCUGCAGGAUUUGACACAACUUUGAAACACUUUCAACAGCUGAACUAUUAUUUAUUAUUAUUAUUAUUAUUAUUUUGUAAUUAUGAUCGCAUCUCAUCACGCUUUAAGUGUAACUUUUUUCCCACGUUAAAUUGACUUU